AUGGCGCAGCGGCGCAAGGUUCGAACGGAGCUGACGGAGGAGCAAAUGCAGGAGAUCCGAGAGGUCUUCGAGACCUUCGACUCCGAUGGCAGCGGGGCCAUCGACGUCAGCGAGAUGAGAUACGCUAUGAACAUUCUCAUGCCCGAGGUCAAGAACUCGCUCGAAGACAUCGAGCAAAUCAUGGACAAACUUGACUCAAGCGGGAAUAAAGAGAUCGAAUUCUCCGAAUUUCUUGCUUUCAUGAGACCCAAGAUCUUGGAACAGGAUAACAGCAAGAUGGUUGACGAGCAAUUCGAAAAUUUCGCAGAUUCUUGCUUGGAGCAUCGUAAUGCAGAGGAAUGCAAUCAUCAACCUGAAGACUGCAAGAAAGUCAUCACGUGGCUUGGUCUGAAGAACAUCUCGGAAGUGAUUCAGGCAGGAUGUACAGACUUGGAGCUCAAGGAAAUCAUCCGAUACUGCUCGGAGUCGGAAGAUGAGAACGCGCAAUACCUUACUCGCGACCAGUUCAAGAGCAUCUGCAAGUACAUGCAGCUGUACUAG